UAUAAUGUACUAAAAAAAUGUAAACUUGGUAUAAGAUUUUUGGUAAAAAUCAAAACCUUUACGUGCAAGUUAGCGAUAUAAGUUUAUUUUUAUUUUCUCAGCCGCUUCCUAUAUAUGGUGCUAUAUAGGUCUCCUCAUAGCUAGGUUUCCCUAGGUCUUUCAUAUAAAAACAUCUCUCUAUCUCUCUCUCUUGGAAAAGCAACUACAACGAUCAUGAUUUCAGAUUCUCUACCUACUAAACUCAACCUCGAAAUAUUAUUGAGAUUACCAGCAAAGUCAGUCGCGAGGUUUCGUUGCGUGUCCAAACAAUGGGCAUCAAUACUUGGUGGUGGUCAAGAGUACUACAAAGAUUUGCUCCUGACCAAGUCCUCGGCUCAGCCGCGUCUCUUAUUCGGCAUCGAAGAAAACGGUAAGUGGAGCAUCUUCUCGUCACCUCAACAUCUUCUGAGUCCAAACGAGAAGCUUUCAUCAUCAUCUCUUGUAGUUACCCCGGAGUUUCAUAUGAAGUUCCCGCCAGAAGAUAUGACGAUAUAUAAUUGUGCUCACGGACUUCCGUUUGGAUAUGCCUCUGGUUUGUUAUAUUUCUAUGUUGACAAGGAGCAAUGGUCAUACUACGGUAGAAGGCCUAUGAUAUGUAACCCUAAAACGGGACGGUACGAGGCAUUACCUUUUAUCUUGAGGUACCGGAAGACGUAUAGCUUUUUUGGGUUUGAUCCGGUUUACAAGCAGUUCAAGGUAUUGUUCAUGGCUUAUCCAUUUGGUCCUGAUGAUCAUAGAAUAAUGACACUAGGAACUGCGGGAAUGAGGUGGAGAAAGAUCAAAUGUUCCUUACGGCAUGAGUGUGUGAGUUCAGGGAUUUGCAUUAAUGGGGUUUUGUAUUACUUAGGUGACUUGUCUCGGUGUACUAAAAAGUCUGAGGAGGUAGACCGUUUUGUGAUAGUGUGCUUUGAUGUUAGGUCUGAAGAAUUCAAGUUCAUUUAUCAAGAAAGCUCUUGCGAAUUGAUAAACUACAAGGGCAAAUUAGGUUUGGUUUAUUAUGGUGAUCAAAUAUCUGAUAAUGCCAUUGAGUUACGUGUGUGCGUUCUAGAGGAUCUGGAGAAACAGGAAUGGUCUAAGUAUGCCUACACUUUGAGGGAUGAUAGAUUCUUCAAUCUGCGUGGCGUUUCCGUCGUCGGAGUGGAUUCCUCUACGGGUGAAAUUAUCUUGUCAAUGGCCGAGUAUACAUCUAAACGACCGUUUUAUGUUUUCUACUUCAACCCCGAAACGAAUACUCUCCAACGUGUUGAAAUCCAAGGCUUUGGAGAACACCAUGAUGAAUCCUGCGAUGAACCUAGUAGUGUCUAUGUCUUUGCAGACCGUGUAGAUGAUCUUAAUGUUCACGAUUCAAAGCUACUCAAGUCAAGCAUCUCUGUUCCAUACGUUUAUAGAGAAGAAUCAGAGGAAGAAGACGAAGACUGUUAUGAUAGGUAUGGUUUUCGUUGUUUUUCUGGUAAAAGGAAGAAGAAAGAGCAGAUGAACAUGAAUGAACUUGAAAAAGAAUAUGAGGAUAGAGACGACGAGGAUGAUGAUGAUGAUGAUCAAUGGAGUUAGGUGAAAGCAAUGGCAAUGUUAUUUGUGCUUUUAUCAGUUUAUGUACCUUGUUUUUUUUUUUUGAAUUAUUUUAAUAAAUCAAGUUUUCUUUUUUAAAACCCCAUCUCUCUUUAGUUUCUAAAUUUGUGGCGUAAAUGAAUACAAAACAGCCAGUGUAGAGUUUAUAUAUU